AUGAAAUUCCGCUAUUUGGCUCUCUUUGUCAUCCUUGUUCAUUUGGAGUUAUCGGCCAUUGAACCUGUAACUGUGGCUGCUCAUGCUCAAAACGGCGCCCCUUCUCCAAGUCCUGCAGCUGCGGCACCUGGCUUGUCCGAGGACUUCUACAGUGACACAUGUCCGGAUGUUGUGGACAUCAUCGAGCAAAAAGUGGGAGAGUGGAUUCAGAAGGAUUCCACAUUGGCUCCUAGCAUCCUUCGUUUGCACUUCCACGACUGUGCUGUUAGGGGAUGCGAUGCAUCUAUUUUGCUGAACUUUAACGGAAGCGAGAGGACAGCUUCUACCAGCACUACUCUGAGAGGCUUCCAAGUGAUCGAUGACAUUAAGGCAGCGCUAGAGAAGAGCUGCCCUAGAACUGUCUCUUGCGCCGACAUUCUGGCCGCCGCCGCAAGAGAGGCCACCCUGCUUAUUACCGAUGGUCCCUUCUGGCCAGUCCCGUUUGGGCGUAAAGAUGGGAGAAUUUCUAUAGACGAAGAAGCCGAAAUGGUCCCUCAUGGGCAUGAAGACCUUACCACCUUGAUUAAUUUUUUCGAAUCUAUAGGUUUAGAUAUGCAAGAUUUAGUCACUCUCUCUGGAGCACACACCGUCGGUAGAGCUUCUUGCGGUUCAUUUCUAAACAGGCUCCAUAACUUCGAGGGAACCGGAAAGCCUGAUACCUCCCUCAAUACCACUUACUUGCAACUGUUGAAGAAUAAAUGUCGACGCACGACCGACCUUGUUCACUUCGAUGUAACAACUCCGACGACGUUUGACAAUGUUUUCUACAAAAAUCUUCAGAACAAGGAAGGAUUGUUAACAACGGAUCAAGAACUCAUUUCAGAUCGAAGAACGGCACCCUUUGUAGAAGCAAUGGCGUCUAAGACCUUUAUCUUCGAGAGCGACUUUUCGGAUGCUAUGGUAAAGCUUGGGAACGUCCAAGUUCUUACUGGGAAUGAAGGUGAAGUUCGCGUGAAUUGCAAUUUCGUCAAUCCUCGUUGA